ACAGAGAUGAAAGUGGAAUGAAAGAGAAAAAAAAUAGAGUAGUUGCUGCUGCUGAGGCCUGACAGGCACACACACAGCCAAAAAAAAACACAGGGACGACCACCAAGCCACCCUCCUGAGCCUGCUCUGACCCGCCGCCUCUGCUCUCUCUUAUUCACCUGUCCAGCUUUGAGUGUGGUCCAUCCCCUACCCUCCCCUCCCAAUAUAUCUAAAUUCAAUAGCUAAAGCUCUCAUCUUUCUUCAGUUCUAGAGACUUUUCUUUGUUUUAUUUUGUUGGGUUUGGUUUUGCUUCUUGGGGGGCUCUGAAUUGCAGCAUAUCUGAAUGAAAAGGUAAAGGUUGAAGCUUGGUGUUCUGGGUUGUUGAUAUUAUGAUCAAACAAAAGCAAUGGAUUGGGAGGUUGUUACUUGCAGGUUUUUUGAGCUGCGUUUUUGAGUUAAUGAAUUAACACCAAGUCUGGUGGUAUCUCUCUAGCUCCCACAGAUUAUUGAGACCUCUCCUAUCUGGGUUUUGUGCUCAUCCGACACCCCGUUUUCGAUCCUCUGUUCAAAUUACAGUAAAACAAAGAACAGACAAGAAAGCAGGUAAGUUAGUGGGAACGAGAAAGAGGCAUGUCUAUGCACAAGGAUAACGAUCGCCCUUUGUUUUGCAGUGAGAGUCUUUAGAUUCUCAAGGCUCAGCGAAACACGUUGAGCCUCUCAUCUCACAAUAACGCUCUAAUUUAGCCUUCCCCUUCUAACCUGCGUGUUCCAUAAAGCCGCACAUCCCAUCAAGCAAGAGCACAGCAGCAAAAGAAAGAAAAGUUUAUAGGGAGAUCAUCAUCAAACACCAGCUGGGGCUUGUUCAGAAGAUGGAUCAGCAAAAUCCAGAUCAGAGGUUGAAGCCAACUUUACAGACUGAGAACCAGCAGCAGCAGCAGCAAAACCAGCAGCCUCAGAAGUGUCCUCGCUGUGAGUCUCUGAACACCAAGUUUUGCUAUUACAACAAUUACAGCCUCUCUCAGCCGCGGUACUUCUGCAAGACUUGUAGAAGGUAUUGGACCCAAGGCGGGACCCUCAGGAACGUCCCUGUCGGCGGAGGCUGCCGGAAGGGGAAGCGUCCCAAGACUAAUUCUUCAUCAUCAUCAUCAUCUCCCUCUCUGCAGCCACAGUCGCAGGCACAGGCACCACAACAAGACCAGCAAACAGUGAAAAACUUGUCCACAACAAGCCCAAGUUCUAAUCUUGGGGCAAUAGAGAGCACUGGUAAUUUGGCUUCUCACCAUCAGUACUAUCCUGGUGGUACUGGGUAUUUGUCAUCUUAUGCAGCAAUUCAAUCUCUGAAUCAGUCACAGUCCUUCAACGUUGGGGGCCAUGAUCAACUGGGAGGAGGUGCAUCCUCAAAUAUGAGCCUGCUGCAGGGGUUCAAUGUUUCAGCUCCUUUUGGCCAAUUUUAUCAAGCUGGCAACACUAAGAGCAGCAUGGUGGAUCAAACGGCUCUGUAUCCAUCUGAUCAAGAGGGCUUAUUGAUUCAACCAACCAGGCCUUCUGCUGCUAGUGACCAUGACUGGCCUCAUCAGAGCUUCAACAUCAACAGAUCAUCUGCUAAUGCUUCUUCUGCAGCUUCUGAAAGCGCUUUGUGGGCCACCACCACCUCUGGUAACAUGAACACCAGCACCACCACCAGCGCUGGGCCUUCUCUGAACCCAAACCAGUGGCCUGAUCUACCUGGAUCAUAUGGCCCUCCUAAUUGAGACUUUUCAAGCAUGCAUUUCUUGCAGCAGCUCCCUCAACCUCCAGAGACCGUACAGAAUAUGGCAAUUAAUCAUCUAUCUGCAUAUGGAUGGAUCUCAUCUCAGCCCAUGUUCAGUUCUCAUUUCCCUGUACUGUGCUAAAUUGGUUCAUUUAACUUGGUGGUUUAAGUAGGUUAUGUAUAAUCUUUGUUUUUCAUGGAGCAUAGAUAUAUAUAUUUAGAGAGAAUUUGGUGAUGUGAGUUUUCAUUGUAAAUGAAAGGAGGAGCGUAUAGCGGUCGUAAUCAUAUAUAGCCUUUUGUUUCCAUGGGUUGGGUUGAUCUAUGAUUAGGUUGUUUUAUUUUGAA